CUCUCCGACUCCGAGAGUCUGUCAAUCAACCAUACAAAGAAACUGAGCUCGGUCUACACUCUCAGAAAUCAGAGAGAAGAAAAAUGGGGGAGACAAAGACCGUACAUUCCCCAUUGGUGACGUACGCUUCCAUGCUAUCGCUGCUUUCUCUCUGCCCUCCCUUUGUAAUUCUACUAUGGUAUACAAUGGUACAUGCUGAUGGCUCCAUGCAAACUUGGGAUUACUUGAGGCAGCAUGGACUGCAGGGGUUUAUCAAAAUAUGGCCAAUACCUACUGCCACUGCAUGGAAGAUUAUUGCCUGUUACGGUGCUUUUGAGGCUGCACUUCAGCUUCUUUUACCUGGAAAAAGGGUUGAGGGGCCAAUAUCUCCAGCUGGGAAUCGACCUGUCUACAAGGCAAAUGGUAUGGCGGCCUAUUUUGUAACGUUGACUACCUACCUUGGCCUUUGGUGGUUCGGGAUAUUCAACCCUACAGUUGUUUAUGAUCAUCUGGGAGAAAUAUUUUCUACCCUCAUUUUUGGAAGUUUCAUCUUUUGUAUUUUCCUGUACAUAAAAGGCCAUGUGGCACCAUCUUCCACUGAUUCUGGAUCUUCUGGGAAUGCAAUAAUUGACUUCUAUUGGGGCUUGGAGCUGUAUCCACGAAUUGGUAAAUACUUCGAUAUCAAAGUUUUCACAAACUGCAGAUUUGGGAUGAUGUCCUGGGCAGUUCUUGCUGUGACCUAUUGCAUAAAGCAGUAUGAAGUUAAUGGGAAAGUAGCUGACUCAAUGCUUGUGAAUACUAUAUUGAUGCUGGUGUAUGUCACAAAGUUUUUCUGGUGGGAGGCUGGAUACUGGAAUACAAUGGAUAUUGCACAUGAUCGAGCGGGAUUUUAUAUUUGCUGGGGUUGCUUGGUCUGGGUUCCAUCUAUUUAUACAUCUCCUGGCAUGUACCUGGUCAACCAUCCUAUAAAUCUUGGAACUCAGCUAGCACUUUUUAUUCUGGUGGCCGGGAUCCUUUGCAUAUACAUCAACUAUGAUUGUGACAGGCAAAGGCAAGAAUUUCGGAGAACAAAUGGCAAAUGCUUGGUUUGGGGGAGAGCUCCAUCAAAGAUAGUUGCUUCAUACACUACCACAUCCGGGGAAACAAAGACAAGCCUUCUUCUAACCUCAGGAUGGUGGGGUUUAUCACGUCAUUUCCACUACGUGCCAGAAAUAUCAGCUGCCUUCUUCUGGACUGUUCCAGCUCUUUUCAAUCAUUUUCUACCAUACUUCUAUGUGGUUUUCCUGACAAUCCUUCUGCUUGACCGAGCCAAGAGGGAUGAUGACCGAUGUCGCUCCAAGUAUGGCAAAUACUGGAAGUUAUAUUGUCAGAAGGUUUCCUACAGGGUCAUCCCCGGAAUCUAUUGAAGAGUCGGAAUCCUGUACGCAUCGACGAGGGCGCGAGGUUGAAUUCGCUUUUUCUGCUCAAAGGCUCAUUUGGUGAUUUGAGAAUGCUGUGUACGAUUGCUUUGGGGAUGUAAGUUUUGGUGUAUUGUGGUAUUGGUCUUGUGGACUGCCCAAGGAAGCAUUAGUUUUGUAUUUGCUUAUGAAUAUUUCAUGUACAAGUUCAGACUUUUUUGUUUUCAUUAAUUGCCAUUAAUAAUAAAUUACCACUAUACCUGGAGUUGGGUAUACAAGGAAGGGUUUUGCUAUCCA